AUAAUAAGUAAACGUACAUUUCUAUUUUUUUAAUCAUCUGGUCAGACAAACGAUACUUUGCUAAAAAUCUCAAUAAGUUUUGAAGUUUCUGGUUUAAACGAGCUUUAAAUCUUGUGUGAAUCUGCCCUAACGUUGACGCUAGCGUUGACUAAAACAAGAUGCCGACCCGUGUUGAGGACUACGAGGUGUUGUACACCAUAGGCUCCGGUUCCUAUGGAAGAUGCCAGAAAGUGAGACGGAAAAAUGACGGGAAAAUUCUGGUGUGGAAGGAGCUGGACUACGGCACCAUGGCAGAGAGUGAGAAGCAGAUGCUGGUGUCAGAGGUGAACCUGCUGCGGGAGCUCAAGCACCCAAACAUAGUGAGAUACUACGACCGCAUCAUAGAUCGUACGAACACCACGCUUUACAUCGUCAUGGAGUACUGUGAAGGUGGAGACCUUUCCAGUCUCAUCAGCCGGUGCAUCAAAGAAAGGCGUUACUUGGAGGAGAGGUUCAUUCUGAGAGUUAUGGCUCAGCUCACCUUGGCCCUGAAGGAGUGUCACAGGCGGCGUGAUGGCAGGGCUACGGUCCUGCAUCGGGACCUGAAACCAGCCAACAUCUUCCUCGACAUUAAACAGAACGUUAAGCUCGGUGACUUCGGUCUAGCAAGGAUUCUGAACCAUGACACCAGCUUUGCAAAGACUUUUGUGGGAACGCCGUACUACAUGUCUCCUGAACAAAUUAACAGGAUGUCGUACAACGAGAAGUCUGAUAUUUGGUCCCUGGGGUGCCUGCUGUAUGAACUUUGUGCAUUAUUGCCUCCGUUCACAGCGUACAACCAGCAAGACUUGGCAGAGAAGAUCCGAGAGGGAAAGUUCAGACGAAUCCCAUACCGGUACUCUGAGGAGCUGAAUGCCUUACUCAGCAAGAUGCUCAACUUAAAGGACUAUCUGAGGCCGUCUGUGGAGUCGAUCCUCCAGAGCAGUCUGCUGAGAGACGUGGUCUCCGAGGAGCAGAGGAAGGCACAGAUACGGACCCAAAGGAAGUCUCCAGACCCUGACCGCGCCCCCCAUAAGCCAGCUGAAGUGUCUAUCCCAGCUGCAGAGCUCCGACUGAGGGAACAGGCAGUGCGGGACAGGGAACUCGCCCUGAGGGAGCAUGAGGAGAGACUUGAGAAAAGGGAGCAGGAGCUGUGUGUCCGUGAGAAACUGGCAAAUGAAAAGCUAGCACGAGCAGACAGUUUGCUGAAGAAUUACGGCGACCUGCAGCACCAGAAGGACCUGGCACUGAUCUAUGGCAGAGACAUAGAUUUGGAGAAUCUGUCUCCGGGUAAGAAGAAGGUCCACUUUGCCGGUGAAAGCAAAGAGAAUCAGCAGCUUGAUGAUCGGAGCGCAACGUCACAGGAGCUAGUGCUGAGGAGACUGCAGGCAGCCAAGCUUCGUGCCAAAAAACUGAAUGAAGUGGAGAAGAUCUGUCAGUUUAAGAGUAGACAGAUCCUUGGCAUCCGUUAAACAAAACUGUUGCAUAUGAAUGUGAAGGGCUGAAUCUUUACAAUUUCAUGUACAUCUAGUAAUUUAUAAGAUAAAAGUGCAAUUGUGACUAUAGCAAAUCUGUUAGUCAAAAUAUGUCUUGUAUUUUAUUCUAGUUUUGUAGUGUCAGUUUUAUUCAGCUGCACAGUGUGAUGUGUGUGUUAAUCUUACAGGCAGCUAAAGUGAUUUUAGAAUGUAAUUUGUAUGUUUUUGCUUUGAUUUGAGGUUGUUUAUCAAUUUUGUUGAUAAUUGGCAUGAAAAGGCAGCUUAUUCUAGGAAUAUUUCCAGAACCUCUGCUAAUAAAGAAACCUGUUCCGUGACUAUAAA